UUUAAUGUCACUGAUUUAUUAAUAAGUGGAAUCUGAUUUAAACAUUAUUUAUUUUUAUUGAAAUAAUAAGUUGCAUAAAGCUUUCGCAGUACUUAUCGGUGUAAAUAUUGUAUGGUUUCAAGGCCAAUGUCAAAGAGCAAAUGUAAAAGUGUAAAUUAAGAGAGAAGUAAUAUUGGCCAAGAUUGUUGAUUUGUUUAAUAAUAUACAAACAACAACUUGUUUAAUUAUGUACUAAAAUAAGAAAUUCGCGAAAUAUAUAAUCAGGUACAAAGUCCGAAUGAAUCAAACAUACAUUUUUUUAUGAAAUUAGUCAAUCUGAAUUUGUGAUGUAAACUUUCAUACGGACGUGUGAAUUGCCUGACGACAUUACGUGAGUUGCGUUGACGUCCAAGAAUUUACGGAAAUAAAAAAUAUUUAUUAGUUUUGUAAAUAACAAAAUGCUGCCAAAUACAACUGCUCGAAGGCUGUUCCAAAAUCUUUGCCGUCAAAGCAAAUUAUCUAAACGCCAGAACUCUACUGCAUCGCACAAACCAAGCAAUAUAGUAACAAAACAUUUCGAUGAAAUUACUGUACCAGUACCUUGGGGUCAUAUAGCUGGAAAAUGGUAUGGCCCAAAACAUGUACGUCCCAUACUUGGUCUACAUGGUUGGCAAGAUAAUGCAGGAACAUUCGAUACUUUAGCACCUCUAUUACCACAACAUACAGCCUUUUUAAGUCUUGACAUGCCUGGCCAUGGGUUAUCUUCCUGGUUACCCGAUGGCCAGGCUUAUCACUCAAUCGAUUAUGUUGUACUGUUAAGGCGUCUAAUGGAAGAGUUUAAAUGGGAUAAAUUAUCAAUGAUAACUCAUUCUAUGAGCUCUAUAAAUGGUUUCGUUUUUAGUGCUUUAUUUCCCGAUAAAGUUGAUAUGUUCGUUGGAUUAGAUGUCUUAAAGCCAAUUACAAGAAAUCCCGACAAAAUUGUUGAUUCAAUUUCAACACGUUUAGAAGAUUUUAUUAAAAUGGAAAAACGUAUGCGUAGUAAAUCAGAACCUCCUUGUUACGAAUGGGAACAACUUGUCGAACGUCUACAUAUCGGCACUGAGAAAUCUGUUUCAGUAGAGUCAUGUCAGUACUUACUUCAAAGGAAUUCAAAACCAUCACAACAUGAGCCUCAUAAGUAUUAUUUUGCGCGCGAUAGUCGUUUGAAAAGUUCGAUGUUUUAUCCAUUCUCGCGGGAAGUCCCAUUCGAGAUGGCGAAGCGUAUAAAAUGUCCACAUUUAUUUAUUAAAGCAUUAGGAGGUCCAUAUUACGAGCCAAAGGAGAACUAUGACGAUACACUUGAAAUAUUAAAGCAGAAUCCUCUAUUCGAAUAUCAUGAAGUGGAGGGCACACAUCAUGUGCAUUUAAAUAAUCCCGAAAGAGUAGCGCCUAUUAUAAAUGAUUUUAUUAGUAGAUGGAGGACGUAAAAUUAGUGAAAUUUCUUUUAAUUUUAAUUUGUUAUUAGACUUAGGCUAAUGUUUUGUUAACAAAGAUCUUGCAAGGACGUAAUUUAAAAAAAAUCUUAAAUAAGUAAUAAAUACAAAUCUUUAAUAUAAA